ACUGCGACCAGUACAAAAUGGUCGACGUGCCUUGAUCGUGUCGUUGACGUUGGGCCUGCGAGAGGAUGCGAGACAACGAUUGCACUUCUAGCUCGCGCUACUGAACCGAAGUCGACCCGGAGACGUGAAGACGAGAAGAGAGGCCGUGAAAAACGCGCGCGACGCGCAGCCAAAUGGCAGGAUAGAAUUCGCCACCUCUCUCCCUCUCUGUCUCUCUCUCCCCCUAGGCGAGAUUCUCAUUUCGACUGUUUGCAGUCUGCGUGCGGUCGUCGAGGAAGAGAGGAUCCAGAUCGCGAAAGUGAGGACAGAGCGGCGCCAGAGAGGAACGCGGUGGAAACGAGCGAUGGAGAAGCGACAGGAGGUGCUCGCCCCGUUUUCCUCCGACGAGUGUCCGAACAGCGGCGAGGACAGCGAGGAGGAUGUAAUAACCGAUUACCUUGGCUCAUCGCACUCCGACUGCGAUCGCGUGCCGCCCAUCAUUAAUGGGGAUCUGCGCGGCCUGAGUCUGCAUGCGGAGAUUGGCUACAUCACCAAAGACAAUACUGACAAAGCGUCGAUCGUCAUGUCCGAGAGCGGCGAGGAACAGCAGCACCAGCGGCAGCAACAGAAGCAGCAGCAGCAACACCCGUUGCUCGCACUCGGCACUAAUAUACAAACCCAGCCUAAUCCUCUGGUACCCAUCAUUAGCGUCACGCCGCACUCACCCGGUCUGGCCAAGAACUAUCCGGUCCUAGAGGAGAACUUGCAGCAGCUGCACGAGAUCCACGAUUGCAUUCAGCGCAUGCGAGACCUUACACUGGGCACUCUAGGAUAUCACAUUCGCGCGUCCAACGGUUCUGACGCUCCUCAGAGAUUGACUUCCUCUUGCCCGUCUCUGUGUCCGCUGGCCUGUACCGCUGAGCUCGCGUCUCGUUCUGGUAACAAUCAUCAUCACGACACUGGCUCCGAUCCGGACAUCUUCUUCGUCAACUGCUCCACCAACAGUUCUCCGACGCAUUUCCCGACGUCGGCAGGCGGUCGCGCGCGCAUGCAACAAUCGCAGAGUAUAGACAGGCGACGCAGCUGGACCGGGGAUCUAGAGGACCUGGAGGAGAGCCGGCGUGGUAAUCGCCGAUAUUCUGGGCAGAAUCAUCUGCAGGCCCAAAAUAUGGUUAAUAUCAUCCGUUACUUGUUGAAACCAGGGCACGGUCCGAUCUCGCGACAACGCAGCAUUAGUUUAAGUAGCCUAGACAGCGAAAACGAGCUAGAAUUAGAUGGGAAAUCGUGUGCCGGGCCAGUAGGCGUAGGCAAUCGAGCAUGCAGGUCGCAAACGAGCACUCACUCGCUGAACGAAGCUGAUCUUGUGCAGAGCGAAUAUCAGAAGAUAGUCACAAAGAGGGGUAGUCAGAGAUUAGCAGAAAGUAGCAGUUUAAUGCCAGGGCUGACUGGUUCGCGUUUACCUCUUCAGAAAUCUAUAUCGACGCCUUCGAUCGUUACACCGCAGGUUCAUUUAGCCGAAACCGGAACACGAACGACGCCUUCACUCGCAGCCCGUCAUGAAAGACACGAAAAGGGUAGCGGGAGUGAGACAGAAACCGAGGACCUACAUACACCACAUAGCCACGAAUUCCAUGAAGACCGGGAAGGCACUCCGAGUGUCCAGAUAUCCCUUGAUGAGCUUUUGACCGAUAGAACUGCAUACGAUGACCAUCAUUCCGAAAAGACCAGAAGAAAGCGUGGCUCUAUCUUCUUUCGUAAAAAGAAGGAUAAAAGUGGGAAAAAGACCAGUCAGCAGCAACAUCUGUGGGUAACGAUGACGGUGGGAUCUCAAGGAAACUUACUAUGUGACGUUUGCAUGAAACAUUCGACAAAUAAGCCGCUCCUUCAUUGCGACAAUUGUGGAGCGUCAGUUCAUCAGAACCAAGGAUGUAAGGAUCAAUUGGUGUUGGAAUGCGUGAAAUCUAAACAUCAGUCCGGCAAGUCCGCGUCAAAGUCUUCGUCAAGCGUCUCUACAAUCUCGAGUAACAGCAGCAUUAACAAACGUGGUUCCACAACGUCGUUGCCUCUGCCAGCGUCGUCCGGAAGCGGAAGGGAAAUUAACAGCCACAAGAAAACCAUGUCAAGCUACAGCCCUUGGCGGCGAGUCGCUACUAAACUCGGAGUCAAUCAAACGAUAAACGAAGAAAAAGAUGGCGAGGGCGGGCAACAUCGUGAUCUUCCCAGCGGAUGGGAGGAAUUUGAUUUCGGAGACGACGUUCAUCAGUUUACCAUAGGCGAUCUCGAAGAAAUAGAUCCCGAGCUGACGUUGGGAAAGGAGGAACCCGACUCCUGGAGCUCCGCGAUCGGACGCAACGUCGCGUUGCGCCUGGUCGAUCAUUGCGACCGCGAGGUAAAGAGGCAGGAACAUAUCUAUGAAUUCGUGCUCACGGAAAAGCAUCAUUGUCUGGUGCUGCUUGCGAUGGAGAAGAUCUUUGCGGAGGGAUUGCGACGGCACUUUCGUCUAGGUCAGCCGGACCUCGAGCGUAUGUUUCCCCGAUUGCGGGAUCUGAUCGACAUCCAUCUGCGGUUUCUGCAGAAAUUGCGAAAACGGCAAAACGCGAAUCCCGUAGUCUCCACCAUCGCCGACAUUCUAGUCGAGCAGUUCUCGGGAGAGAACGCGCAACGCAUGAAGAGCGCGUACGGGGAGUUUUGCAGUCGUCACCGAGACGCCGCCGAGGCGUACAAGUACUACCUGCGCAACGAUCCUCGCUUCGCCCGUUUCGUACGACACUGUCAGACGAAUCCCUUGUUGAAAAAGAAAGGUAUACCCGAGUGUAUACUUUUUGUUACUCAACGUUUGACGAAGUAUCCGUUGCUGAUCGAGCCACUCAUCAAAACCAGUACUGUGCAAGACGAAAGUGACGAUCUACGUAAAGCACUGGUCCUCGUUAAGGAGAUCUUGGCUGAUGUAGACGCCUGCGUAGCCGAUAAGGAACGAGAAGAUAGAAAGUUAGAGAUAUACAAUAAGAUCGACGCGAAGUCAUUCGCGACGUAUCGUGGUGCCAAAUUUAAAAAGUCGGACAUAAUCAACAGAAUCUUGAAGUUCGAGGGCACUGCAUACUUGAUGCAAGGUCGCGGCAAAAUGAUUGCCAUCGUAGUGGUCGUACUCUCAGACAUUUUGUUUUUCUUGGCUGAGAGGGAUCAGAAAUACGCGUUCUUCGUGCCUGACAAUAAAGCCGGUAUAGUGUCGCUGCAGAAACUGUUGGUCCGCGAAAAAGCCCGUCAAGAGUCCAGUAUUUAUCUGAUAAGCAGCAACCCGGCUGAACCUGAGAUGUUCGAACUGAAGAUUCAGAAACCAAAAGACAAACAGCUAUGGAUACGGGCUAUUCGAUCGGCGGUCGAGGCUUGUCCGCAAGAGUUCGAGACCGACGCGCUGACGGAAAAUAGUAACGAAUUACGAGAUAUUCGCUCCUCCUCAAUUUCGCUGGUUUCUGUCGAAGAGAAGCAACGUAUUGCCAAGGCUAAGGAAUCACACAUACUUAGAAUUGUCGGCGAAUUACGGAAAAAAGAUACCGAGCAAGCGCUGCUGUUUGAGGAGAAAAUCAAUUUGCAAUUGCGACUUUUACAAGCAGCGAAUAUUUGGAACGGGAACGAGAGUGAUAAUGAGAUAAUCGAGAAACUCGAGAAGGAAGGCGCUGAUUAUACACGACUGGUGCACAACGAGAGGACCGAUACCACUCAAUUGUGGCAGGAGGUGUUUGUAGCUGUUAAAGAAGCGACGCGUCUCGCUAGCUCGUUGUCGUUCAGCGCGGGCGGCGCUAAUUUAUCGAGAAGUUUAAGCUCCGCUGGUGAACGUCAUAGCGAAGCUUAUGUUCCACCAGCUCUUUGCGUGCCUCGAAGAGCCGAAACUUUCGCUGGUUUUGAUCAUAAUAAGGAGAGACACCCGUUGCGCGAUCCGAACGCCGUGCACACGGUAAUUCCCGUUCCGAAACUCGGCGAAUUACCGAAAGAAAACCCCGACGAGAAGGAGGGCCAAGAACUGGAGACGAACAAGGAUCAGCAGUGGGCGGCAAUACGUUUGUCUCAUCACGUUUAUACAUUGCUCUGUAUAAUCAGCAGUCAGAUGACGACGAUCGACAGUCUGCAAGCGCAACUGGCCUCGUGUAAGGACGGCGGCACGGCUAAAUCCUCCAACAGUCGUCCGAAUCCGAAUCGACAGUUGGAAGAACUGCGAAAUCUGCAGGAUCAGCUCUGUCGAGAGAAAGCGGACUUUCGCGUCGCUUCUCAGCAGGAGAAGAUGCAGAUGGAAGAGGAACGCGCCGAGCUGGCCCGGCAAAGAGAACAACUGGCUGCAGAGCAGCGGGACGUGACGCAGCAACGGGAUCAGCUGUACCGACGACUCGAGGCGUUAGAACGACAAGGCGUUACGUUGGUCGGAAGUUCCACGACCGGCUCGACGACGAUUCAUCUGUCGCAUUUGACGCAGAGCACCGAAGCGAUGCAACAAACCGCGCGCACCAAGGCGCAAUCCGAAGCGAAACGCAUUCCCCUGAAUCUAAUCAGCGCGACCAAUCAGCAGAAGGUGCAAAGCAACCUGCCAAUCAAACAGCAACUGCCGCUGAAACUCGCCAGCGGGAAUAACAACAAUACAAGAAGCGGCAGUACCGCGAGUAAUAACAGUCCAGAUCGGCACUCUAGAACGGGCAGCAGCCCGGCGAUCGUCACCAGCUCUGCGUACUCCUCGCCGGAGCUAGGAAAUAGCCAUCAUCACGGAAUCGGCAGCAGUCACACGCACUCGUCGAAUCGUUCGCUUCGAAUUACCCGCUCUCCGCCUGAAGUCUCGUACACUCAUCAACAGCAACAGCAGCAACAACGGAACGCGGAGCAGCAAUCGCAGCAACAGCAACAACCGCAGCAGCAGCAGCAGCCGCUGGAGGAAGAGGUGAUCUUUUUCUGACGAUUCUUUCGAUUCGGUCGCAAGCACUCGUCGCGUUCGUCGCGCGCCGCCGCCGCUACUGGUUCAGCCACGCCAACUUCCACGCCGACACCGUCGCCGCGCAGCCAAUCGCGAAACAGUCAGACCCGCAGCCGCGUCAAGUCCUUUUGACUUUCGACAUAAAGUUCUCGCGGUUUAAUACAGUCUAUACUUUGUCCGCUUCGCGGACGCAACUCUUUUAAAGUCUCUCAUCGUAAUCUUAUAUUUCGCGUCGUUCUUGUAUUCCCAAGUAGCAAACUGACAUCAUUUUGACGUUCAGUGACGUCACUCGACGUCAGAAUGACAUACGCUCGCUACCUGGAUCGUGUCCCACUUUUUUACACUACGGAUUUAAUUGUUUCUUAUGGCAGGAUGCACCUUUAUUGCUCUUUAUUUCACAUUCGGCGAGGUCAUACUUUAGUGCAAUACGAUAAUUCAUUUUAUCUUUACACGACACGAUGAUGAUACUAUCGUUAAUAAGUGCGAGUAUAGUUAGCCUUGGUAUAUAGUUGGGAGAAGGAGGAAAAAAAUAAUAAUUAUUACGUUCCAACUGUUACAACUGAUGGCAAUAAUAUAAUUUUUAUGCCAAAUUUCACGAAAUUAUCUUGACGAGAGAAAUACGUUAAGAAUAAAAUGCAAUUCUAUUAAGAAUGAAGAGUAAUGAGGAGAUCAGAAAUGCUCGCGGGAAAAAGAGAGAGAAAGAAAAAUAUUAACGGCCGACGUAGCAAAGUAGAUCAGCCGAUCUUGUUAAAGUCUUGCUCGUUACGUUAUUAAGCCGACUGACAGUUUUAGAAACAAGAUUUUAGACGAAUCUUUUAAGCAAACCUGUUGCUGCUUGCUGAAAUAUGCAAGAUAUAGAUGAAUACAUAUAUAUAUUACGGUUACAUAUACAUUAAUGUGUAUAUAUAUAUAUAUAUAAAUAUAAAAUAUAUACUUUUUCAUAAGUGUGCAUGUACAAUUGAGUAUAUGAAUGAAAAAGCGAAUGUACGCGCGUGUGUAUGUAUUUCUUUUCACGCAUGUAUCUCGGUUAUCUCUGUGAAUGCAUGCGGUCAUGAGUGAGAGAAAGAGAAAGAGAGAUGGCUAUUCUUAUAUCAUAACUAUUAAAAUAUUUUAAUGCUAAUGCGACAAGUAAGAUUUAUCAAUUAACGAUAAUGAAUGAUUAUCAUUACUAUUGUUACGUGUGCCAAGCCACUGUCGCAAAUCGAAAUUGAUACCGCUUUUUAUUUUCGACAAAAAUUGCUUGCUUCAGAAAUAGUAAUUCCGUUCGUCAAAUGCACACGAUACACACACUUCUGGUAUUUCUUCCACUGAAAUAUCGAAUGUAUAUAUAUAUAAAACUAGCGGAGGAAUUCACAUCUGGCAUUUCAUUUCGAGAUUAUUCACUGCCAUUAUAUUGUUAUUCUUUAUCGAGUGUUCUUUUUCUUGUAUUAUUGUCUAUAUACAAACUCUAUACUAUUUAUUACGUUGCUUAAGAUGGAUGAUUCAAGUCUGUACGAACGCGAAAUAACUGAGAAACUGGGAAAGUUCGUUGUACAAGAAAAUUGCGUAACGAAUAUCCCAAUCAUCCCUGAUCGGGUCCUUUGUGUCUUUUCGCGGAUUUUGUAAUCCGCAUUGUCUGACUUAUUUUAUUUAUACACGUAUAUUAUACUUAUCAACGAAGAAAGUUCUCAAGUAGAAAUCUUUGAAUUAUACGAAGUACUGUACGUCGGUACUGCCGCUUCACUAUCCUGUAUGUAAAGUGCAGAGGUAUCACAAUACCGCGCAUUUUUUUAGCAUUUAUUUUAGCGAAGUUCAUUAUGUCAAAUCAAAUCAUCAUUCUCGUCUUUCAAAUUCGAAAAAGGACAAUUCUGUACGCGACAAUUCCGUUAAUACGUAAAACAUAUUAUUGUGAUGAUUGUCAAUACGCAUCCGAAUUAUGGAUUCCUAAACCAUUCGGUUUCACAAACGGUCAUAUAGUUAUAUAUAACGCUGUAUAAAUACAUACAUUCCUUAACAGAUAAGACUGGCAUGCAAUAUGAUCGAAUUGAACGAAGGCUAGAUAGAAGAUUGAUCACAUUGUAGAGUAGAUCGACUAUAAGAAAAAAACGAUUAAAAUGAAUCGUGACACCUCGUUAAGGAAAUUUAAGUAAGAAAUACUACCAGCUCUGCUCGCGUCUCAAUCAAUCGUGUGGUGACAAUAGAUCUUAAAAGUAUUCCAUAAGGUAUGCUGAACUUACGCGAGAGAAAAGAAAAAAAGGGGAAAAAGCACACACAUAAGAGCGAUGAUUUAUUAUAUACGAAUCUAUACCUACUAUUACUUAAUUACUAUCUACUGCGAUGCCGAGCAUAUAAAAGCUCAAACUCAGACUAUUAUUGCGAUUAGCUGUUAGUGUCCGCCACGGAUGAGUGUUCGACUUCAUAUUUUGCGGGAGAAUAACAUAAUAUAUACAUAUAAUCCAAAGUAUAAUUAGUAGCAUUCGCGACGCUCGCCAGAGAGCAAAAACAAAAAGCCGUAGAAUUUCAAAGCGACUUUCAAAACUUGAAUUUGAAAUGCGUAACUUGUCUGUAGUCGAUUCGAGAAAAUAUUUCGCGUAUUUGUGAAAACAAUUGUGUGGAACUACGAUGCGAUAGGAUGAAUUAAUCCAUAUCACGUGCGCUUAAGGCUCUUUCAUACUCGCCGCAGAAUGUUAGAUUGUGAUGUUAGAAGCGAGAAGAUACAUGCUGAAAAUUUUUGCGUGUUAUUUUUAAACAACACAACUUAAAAUGGUUUUAGCACACUAUUAAAAUACUUCAAAAACUAUUUUUUCCCUUGAUAGUCAAUCAAUAACCGUAAAAUAAUUAAACGCAGCAGUUGAUUGAUUAUAAAGGGAAAAUGAUAAUUUUCGGAAUAUUUUAAAAGCA